AGACAAGCCCACAGGAUGUAUUUCGAAUGGAUCAGCCGGGUGCACUGUUAAAAUGUUGUUUAGUUAGCGAAUUCAUUUUGACCUAACAGUUGGUGUGUGUGCAGUGCCCUAAGAUGGUCGUGGAAGUGGAGAGCUUCUUCGGGGUGUACAUGCUGUAUUGUACAAACCCGAAGUUUAAGGGUCGCAUCUACAUCGGAUUCACCGUGAACCCAGAGCGCCGGAUCGGGCAGCACAACGCCGGGCGACACAAGGGAGGAGCCAAGAGGACGAGCGGCCGCGGGCCGUGGGAGAUGAUACUCAUCAUUCAUGGCUUUCCUUCUGACAUUGCAGCUUUGAGGUUCGAAUGGGCGUGGCAGCACCCACACUCCUCCCGGCGCCUUUCCCACGUGGGCCGCCGAUCACGCCGCGAGUCUAGCCUCCAGUUCCACUGGCGCGUGCUGUCCCACAUGCUCCAGGUGGCGCCGUGGAACCGCCUGCCCCUCACAGCCCGCUGGCUGCGCCAGGAGUACCGACUGGAGUUUGAGCCCGGGCUUCAGCCUCCGCUCCAUGUGCCCGUGGUCUUUGGCAGUGUGCGUGCCAAGAAGCAGCAGCCACCGGUGCCAACAGAGCAGGAGCGGGGGGAGGAGGGGCCAGGAGGGAGGUGCCACCUCUGCCUGGACGCGGUUAAGGCUGCAGACAGGGUGUCCUGUUUCCGUCCUUCUUGUGAGAUGGUCGCUCACCUCAUCUGUUUGGCGAAGCACUUCCUGAAGUCUGAACCUUCCCAUCUACUUCCUGUGGAGGGGAAAUGCCCAGGCUGCCGCCAUUCUAUGCUGUGGGGCAAUCUGAUUCGCCACAAGACUGGCUGCUAUGGUGACCUGGAAGAAAUCGCAUCGUCUGCAACAUCUCGGGAACAUUGGGCAGAUGAACUGCAGGUGUGAUCGAUGUCCCGCCGGAAUCCACCUGCCGACUCGUAGCUCUGCCCAGCUUCCACUCAGAAUCCACGUCUCCAUCCCGGAGUGUUCGUCAUUUCUGUCAUUCAGGGCAUUCAGAGAGACACCGUGGUGCAGAACUCGCGCUGCCCACAUGAGGAAGCUCAGGGUAUUACCCACAUUGAACCUGUGGAAGAAGGAAUGAUCAUUUUCGGAUUAGUACCUAAUUUUCAAGUAAGUUUCCUCAAAUGGGAGUGGUGUGUCGCUCAGCAGUUUAUGGACUCUGUCUGUGACAGGAAGGACACUGGUUCAAAUCCCAGGGUUGGCAGAGUGAUGUCACCAUUUGGCUCCUGACCAAGGCCCUUAACCUGAAUUCCUCCAGGACUGGCUGACCCUGAUUUCUCAGAUGUGCUUCACUUCACAUAGAAGCAUAUGCUAAACAAAUAAGAUACAAAUAAUUUGGAUUUUUUUUAAAACCAUAACAGCUGCUGUUCGAGUUAAAUGUGGAGGAGCAUUCUUCAGUGGAAAUAGUUUUUUUUUUUUCUUAAAAAAAGGAAGAAAAAACAUUUUAACAAGGUUUUAAAUUAACAGAAUAAAUGAAAUGGCCAAUGCCAGUUUUUAUUUAAAGUGGACUUGUGUUAUAUUGUAAAUAAAAGCUGCGUAUUGCAGAUUAAUAUAUAUUAGCUGAAAUGUCAACUAGCUAAAUAAUCAGUGUUUCUGGACUGUGGUGUGUCUCUCGUUAUACUUUAUAGAGAGGUGCUGGGUCAUCUCCACUGGGAGCUGGAAUAUGCAGUGUGUGGCUCAGUGGGGUAGGUUUCUGUGCCUGUUUUUGGAAGGUUGCUGGUUCAAAUCCCAGGGUCAGCGGAGUGAUUUCACUGUUGGGCCCUUGCUCCAGGGAUUACCAGACCAUGCUUUCUCAGUUGUAUGUUGCUUUACGUAAAAGCUAAAUAAAUGUAAAGGAAUAUAAAUAUAUAUAUUUGACACAUACACACACACAAAAAUGUACUUAUGGGCUACGGAUCACCAGUGUGCACCCUGACUUACUCUGGGGAGUGGGGCUCCGCUUACACAGCACUUUGCUGUGUGUACUGAUGUAAGCUUGGGUGACAUGGUGGUUCAGGGUGUCAUUUGAUUCAGUAACCCAUCAAUGGGUAAACAUUUAUCAAUUAGCACAAAUGCUGCUCAUGGGUUAUGUGACCUUACCUUGAUUUACCAGUGAACAAAAAGCUCCCACAAACUGAGUGUGAGUCUGUGAGACAUUGGGAUGGGAAAAUGGUCUUAUAUUCAACUUUUACACACUUGUGUAUUUCUUAUAAAUGCCUCCUGCUGCCGUAGGGUCCAAAAGCAAAGUCACUAUGAAGCAAACUAGGAAGCAAGUGAUGCCUGAAAAAGCCAGGAUUGUCCUGCUCUUACCAAGAAGAAGACCAAAGCUCAGGGCAUAGCCAUUACAGAGAAUAAAUGCAUUUAUUACAUUCUCUUUGCAUAAGAUGCUGACAUUGAAAACAAUGCAAAAAAUUCAGAUCACAGUUUUGUACUUGUGUAAAAUGCACCCCCUCCCCCCGAAUGAGAAACCAUUCCCUGAGGCCGGUUAUAAAUCAGGGUUCCUUCCUGCCUUCUGGAUGAUUGGGAGUAUUUGUCAUACUCGCAUAUAACCGAAUGAGGCUGACUGAAUGAGCAUUCCAAACAUUUUCAAUUGGCUGAAUGCAAGGUCUCCUGAGAGUUUGUUGGAAAGAUGCAUCAUUCUCUGCAUAGACAUGAAUGGAAAAACUGUGUGAGGACAACCUUGAGUGGACACUUUCUUUUAACCCAUCUCUGUCUGCAAACAAUGUAUCCUGUGACGUACUGUGGCGGCUUUUUACUGCAGCAAGUUUUAAUCACUAAAGGUUAAAAAAAAAAACUGACAUAGGUAAGGACUCACAACUUGACUUGGACUCGA